CGCCCCCGCCCGCCCCGCUCCACCGCGGCAGCCGCGCCAGACGCAGCGCGGCUCGGAGCCCGCACGGAGCCUCCCGCAGCCGCCCCGCGCCAUGGCCCGGAACCGCAGGGAGAGGAGCAGCUGGGGUAGUUUUGCAGACAAGGCUUACGAGUGGAGCUCAGAGGAGGAGGAGUCCGUGAGGAAGGCAGGACCGGUGCAAGUCCUCAUUGUCAAGGAUGACCAUUCUUUUGAACUGGAUGAAGCUGCACUCAACCGCAUCCUCCUCUCAGAAGCUGUCAGAGACAAAGAGGUUGUGGCUGUGUCAGUUGCUGGAGCUUUUAGAAAAGGGAAGUCCUUCCUGAUGGACUUCAUGCUGCGGUACAUGUACAACAAGGAAGCAGUGGACUGGGUUGGAGAUUACAACGAGCCUCUGACUGGUUUCUCCUGGAGGGGAGGAUCUGAGCGGGAGACGACCGGCAUCCAGAUCUGGAGUGAGGUUUUCCUGGUGGACAAGCCUGAUGGUAAAAAGGUUGCGGUGCUGCUGAUGGACACACAGGGGACCUUCGACAGUCAGUCCACCCUGCGGGAUUCAGCCACCGUGUUUGCCCUGAGCACAAUGAUCAGCUCAAUACAGGUUUAUAACUUGUCGCAGAAUGUGCAGGAGGAUGAUCUGCAGCACCUGCAGCUGUUCACCGAAUACGGACGGUUGGCUAUGGAGGAAACCUUCCUGAAGCCCUUCCAGUCCCUCAUAUUCCUGGUGCGUGACUGGAGUUUCCCCUAUGAAUUUUCCUAUGGAUCCGACGGCGGCGCGAGGUUUUUGGAGAAGCGUCUGAAGGUCUCAGGGAAUCAGCACGAAGAGCUGCAGAAUGUCAGGAAGCACAUCCACUCCUGCUUCACCAAAAUCUCCUGCUUCCUUUUACCUCACCCCGGCCUGAAGGUAGCCACCAACCCCAACUUCGACGGAAAGCUGAAAGAAAUAGACGACGAGUUCAUCAAGAACUUGAAGAUUUUAAUUCCCUGGCUUCUGAGUCCCGAGAGCCUGGAUGUUAAGGAGAUCAAUGGAAACCACAUCACCUGCCGGGGCCUUGUGGAGUAUUUUAAGGCCUACAUAAAGAUCUACCAGGGGGAAGAGCUGCCGCACCCCAAGUCGAUGCUGCAGGCCACAGCAGAAGCCAACAAUUUAGCAGCAGUUGCCACUGCCAAAGACACCUACAGCAGGAGAAUGGAAGAGGUCUGUGGGGGGGACAAGCCCUUCCUGGCACCCAGCGACCUGCAGGCCAAACACGUGGAGCUGAAGGACGAAGCCGUCAGGCUGUUCCGUGGGGUGAAGAAGAUGGGAGGGGAGGAGUUCAGCCGCCGCUACCUCCAGCAGCUGGAGAACGAGAUCGAUGAGCUCUACAUCCAGUACAUCAAGCACAACGACAGCAAGAACAUCUUCCAUGCCGCCCGCACCCCCGCCACGCUCUUCGUCGUCAUCUUCAUCACUUACGUGAUCGCCGGGGUGACCGGCUUCAUUGGCUUGGACAUCAUAGCCAGUCUGUGCAACAUGAUCAUGGGCUUGACACUUAUCACACUGUGUACCUGGGCGUACAUCAGAUACUCUGGGGAGUACAGAGAACUGGGUGCAGUCAUAGACCAAGUGGCGGCGGCGCUGUGGGACCAGGGAAGCACAAAUGAGGCUUUGUACAAGCUGUACAGCGCAGCAGCGACCCACAGACAUUUGUACCACCAUGCCUUCCCUGCACAGAGAGCGGAGCCGGCCGAGGGCCCCGACAGGAAGAAGAUGUGA